UUUUAUUUUUUUCAGAUAAUUUAAAGAAAGCAACAACAUGGAUUGUGGUACCACAUUUGCCAAAUAUGUCCUAUUUAUAUUCAAUGCCAUCGUAUCGAUUCUUGGCAUUUUGGUCAUUGUCUUUGGUGUUCUAAUUUUGAACAGCAUUGGCAUGAUCGAAGUUAAUGGCCAAACUGGAUUCCCACCUCAAGCAGCCAUGCCAAUUGGCAUGAUUACCAUUGGUUCGAUUGUUGUAUUCAUCUCAUUUUUGGGCUGUUGCGGUGCCAUUCGUGAAGAUGUCUGUAUGACAAUGUUCUAUGCCGUCCUGAUGUUGAUAUUGCUGAUCGUUCAAUUGGUCGUUGUUGUUUUGUUAUGGACUAAUCAGGAUAAAAUUGAAGGAGCCAUGAAUAAUGUUAUUGAAAACGCCUGGGAAUCCGAAAUUCGUGAAGCUGGUGUAUUUGAAGUUGUUCAAGAAUCGCUCAAAUGUUGUGGUGUCAAUGGUGCCCAAGAUUAUGCUCUUGCUGGUCGUAUUCCACCAAAAUCGUGCUGCCCUGCAGAUGAGACUUGCAUCCUUAUUAACUACUAUUCCGGUUGUAAAAAAGAAGCCCGCAAAUUCAUUACAGGCAGCUCGGAAAAGGCUAAAUACUUUGGCAUUGGUUUAAUUGUUGUUGAGCUUGUCGGUUUCAUUUUUGCUUGCUGUCUGGCUAACAAUGUACGCAACAAUAAGCGACGAAACGCUUACUAAAUUUGGAAAGCAAUGAAGGACGACGAAUUCCAAUACCAACAUUGCCACCAAAAA